AUUAAAAUUGAAGAUUCACGUUCUCCCAGACAUUCAAUUUGGUUAUUUUUGUUCCAGCACACUCGUAUAGACCAGGUUUGAAAAAAAAAAAAAGAAGAGGAUUCAAUAUUUCAAUCUUCAACUCCAAGGCGAGGCGAGAGUAUCUUAUUGCCUUGCUUAUCCAACCCAGAUUUUCUGCAUUUGAAAAUGAAGCUAAUACAUUCAGUAAAUUUGAUCGGGAAAUUGGAUGACUUGCAUUCUGAGUUUGUGUUUCGACUCUGUUUUGAAGUUACAGUGUAGAUGGAACUUGAACCCAGUAAUCAACCCAAGCAAGAGCGUUCAAGGACAAGAUGGACAGCAUCCCUUGACAAGAUAUUUGCAGACCUUGUUGUCAAGCAGAUUCAACUGGGAAACAGACAAAACGACGUUUUUGACAAGAAAACCUGGAAUCACAUUCGUGAUGAGUUUAACAGGCAAACAGACCUCAAUUUCAACAAUAAUCAAUUGAGGAAGCAUCUAGAUGUUCUUCGGACACGCUUCUAUAAUUUGAAAUCUACUAAUGAUCAAAAUAAUGGCUUUGUAAUAGAUGAUCCCGGUUACAUUGGCUUCGAACACUGGGAAGACAUAGUGGCACAGCCUAGGAAUGAAACAGUUAAAGGGAAAGAUUGUCCGAUAUAUGAGCAACUCUGCACAAUAUUCAUAGACUCACCCGCCGAUGGGAAGUAUGCUCAAUCUAGUCAUUAUGAAGAGAUAGAUAAAUCUGUCGGUAUUGACGCUGCUACUUUGACUUCAUGUCCAGAUAUUGGGGUCUCACAUUAUGAAAUUCUAUCAUCAUCAAAAUUCAUUCCAGGGAAUAUAUCAAAUGUUGAGAAGGUAACCAAGAAUUCUCUUGAUAGGAAAAGGAAACGUCCUAAUGAAACACAAACUACUAGUUUGGAUCAAGACACAUGCAAUGCUAUGGCAGAAGCUUUGUUAGAGAUGGUUGCUGUUUCAAGAUUAAGGGCAGUUGUGUCAAAUGUAAGUGAUGAUAAAUUUUCCAUAACAAACUGCAUUAGGGCUCUGGAUGAAAUACAAGGCAUUGAUCAACAAGUUUACUUUUCUGCACUGGACCUCUUUGAGAAUCCUAGUUUAAGGGAGACAUUCAUUUCUUUAAAAAGUGUCAAGAUAAGGUUGACAUGGUUACAAGGAAAGUGCAGUAAAAGUUCUUUCCGUUAGUAAAGAUUUAAGCCAUUUUGAAGUUGGCUUCAUUUACUUAGGCUAUAGACUGAUAGUAUACCCUUCUUUUUUGUUUUUCUGUAAGUAUUUUUGUUUUAUCUCUUGCAACCCUUCAUAAAUCAUAACUGUUUAUUACAAGUGCCAUUUAAUCAAGAACAUGAUUACCGUAUCAUUGAUACCUGUUAAUUACAUGUAAA